UCUGCAUCGUUAUGGACAUCAUAUCGUGACAUGUUUCUCACUCUAUGUAAAUGCUGAAAUCGCAUUGCUUACAAAGUAGCUCAACAGAAGAACCUUGAAGGAUAUGUGGGGUUUGCCAAUCUCCCAAACCAAGUGUACAGGAAAUCCGUGAAGAGGGGAUUUGAAUUCACACUUAUGGUAGUAGGUGAAUCUGGUCUGGGAAAGUCCACACUCAUCAAUUCACUGUUUUUGACAGACCUGUACUCCCCGGAUUACCCUGGUCCUUCACACAGAAUUAAAAAAACUGUUCAGGUUGAACAGUCAAAGGUUCUAAUCAAAGAAGGGGGAGUCCAGCUACUUCUUACAAUAGUAGACACACCUGGAUUUGGAGAUGCAGUGGAUAAUAGCAACUGUUGGCAACCGGUUAUUGACUAUAUUGACAGUAAAUUUGAAGACUACCUUAAUGCAGAAUCCCGCGUGAACAGACGCCAGAUGCCAGAUAAUCGCGUGCAGUGCUGCUUAUAUUUCAUCGCACCAUCGGGCCAUGGACUGAAGCCUUUGGACAUCGAGUUCAUGAAGCGUUUGCACGAGAAAGUAAACAUAAUUCCACUCAUUGCCAAAGCUGAUACUCUUACUCCAGAAGAAUGCCAGCAGUUUAAAAAGCAGAUAAUGAAAGAAAUCCAAGAACACAAAAUCAAGAUCUAUGAAUUCCCAGAGACAGAUGAUGAAGAAGAAAAUAAGCUGGUGAAAAAAAUAAAGGACCGUUUACCUCUUGCUGUGGUGGGUAGCAACACAAUUAUAGAAGUCAAUGGCAAGAGACUAAGAGGAAGACAGUAUCCAUGGGGGGUUGCAGAAGUGGAAAACAGCGAACAUUGUGACUUCACUAUACUGCGAAACAUGUUGAUAAGAACUCACAUGCAGGACCUGAAGGAUGUAACCAAUAACGUACAUUAUGAGAACUACAGGAGCCGAAAACUGGCAGCUGUCACUUAUAAUGGAGUUGAUAACAACAAAAACAAAGGACAGCUAACAAAGAGUCCUCUGGCUCAAAUGGAAGAGGAAAGAAGGGAACACGUGGCCAAAAUGAAGAAAAUGGAGAUGGAAAUGGAGCAAGUGUUUGAAAUGAAGGUUAAAGAAAAAGUGCAGAAGCUUAAGGACUCCGAAGCAGAGCUUCAGCGGCGCCACGAGCAAAUGAAAAAGAACCUGGAGGCUCAACACAAAGAGUUGGAGGAGAAACGGCGUCAGUUUGAGGAGGAGAAAGUAAACUGGGAAACUCAACAGCGCAUACUGGAACAGCAGAAUUCUUCCAGAACUUUGGAGAAAAACAAGAAGAAAGGGAAGAUAUUUUAGAAUCAUUCUUAGACCCCGUACUCUAUCAGUUGCCAAUUUGCCAGCCCAGACAUCAGUGUUCGUUGGAAACAUUCAGCCACUUUUCAAAACCAGUUGCAUCCAUAAUUGUUGGAUUAAGCGGCAUGAAAUUUUUUUUUUUCUUUACCCUUUUUUUAAUUCUUAUUGUUGACGGAAAUUAAGAUGCCUUGAAUUGUUUGAGGUUUUGCAUACUUGGAGAACUAUACGCUGCAAGUAACUUGCUCCCUUUUUCCCCCACUUUCUCUUUUUAACCGAUGCCUUCGUUUUAAAAGCAAGACAAAGCAUUUUACUGUUGUAUAACCAUGGUCUGGUGGCUGGUAGCAGGAUAAUCUACAACACAAGGACUCUGGCUUACAAAUGAAGAUAAAAACACCAUACUUUUGUUGCAUCUUCUAAUUCUCUCACACGUAUAACAAGACUUCCAUACAUACGGUUUAUUGUAAUUUACAUUUUCUUCCCCUAAUUUUGACAAUUCCAUUGUUUAAAACUACACAUGGGAAUAUAGGCUUACAGUGCACAGAAAGCUUUUUUUUUUUUUUUUUUUUGUUUGUUACGUUUUUUUUUUUUUUUUUUUCUUAGAACCACCCUCUUGUGUUGGGGAAAUUCUUUACUUAUAUGCUAUUUCCAUUUAGUAACUUCUGUAGCCAGGAGUACUGCUUCCUUUUGUAAUAACAUUUACUUUAGAUAUAUUUUUCCAAAACUUGGUCCUACUGAAUUAAAAUAUAGCUUAUUUCCUUACGGUAGAACCAAUGAGUAAAUACUUUUUUUUUCAUUUACCUCUUUAAAUCCUUCCCCAAGUUUUGUGGUAAAGCAGCAGGAAUGAUGCAUUUAUAGGUCAUUUCUAGAUUAAAUUAACAACCUGUCUGUUCCUACCUUAUCGUGCAUUUUAUGUUUUGCUAGAAACGGGAAUCAUGAUCUCAGAGAGGAACAUCACAAUUUUGCAUUUAGCUGUAUUCAUAUACUGCAUUUCUGUAUUUUUUUGUUUGUAUUGUACAAAGUCACAUAAUAAACAAUGUUGUGAUGUAAUAU